UUGCCUUGCAUAUUUAGCUACAAGGGGAGUUUGAGGAAGAGAAAGAACAAAGCAAAGAGAAAAAUAGAAGAAGCCUUUGUUUGGGGUUCUUGAACUUAGCUUUCCAUAUAUUCAUCCAUGGCUUCUAAGCUUCUUUUGAUUGCUGUAUUUGUUCUUGAUCUCAUUGCUUUUGGUUUAGCUGUUGCAGCUGAGCAAAGAAGAAGCACUGCCAAGAUUGUGCAGGAUAAUGAAAUUCAAUACAACUAUUGUGUGUAUAACUCAGACAUAGCAACUGGCUAUGGUGUUGGUGCAUUUUUGUUCCUCAUGGCUAGCCAAGCCCUUAUAAUGGUUGCCAGCCGAUGCUUUUGCUGUGGAAAGGCUUUGAACCCUAGUGGUUCAAGGGCUUGGGCAGUCAUCCAUUUCAUUGUUUGCUGGCUAUUUUUCCUAAUAGCCGAGAUAUGUUUGUUGGCCGGAUCAGUACGGAAUGCAUACCACACAAAAUACCGGACCAUCUUCAGCGAGCAGCCACCGUCUUGUGAAACUUUGAGGAAGGGAGUGUUUGGUGCAGGGGCUGCCUUCAUUUUCUUGACUGCUAUUGUCAAUAAGUUCUACUAUAUUUGCUACUCAAAUGCUAGGGAAAACAGCUUCCGGCCAUACGGUGGCGGCGGAGAGGCCGGUGUCGGCAUGGGAGCCUACAAAUAAGCUAUGACCUCAUGAACUCUAUGCCAUUGCCAUCAUUUUGCUUACUCCGUUGUCUGCUUUUCUUUUCUUUUUUGAGUUCCCUUUCGUGUUCUUUAAGGUUUCGAUGUAGGAGAUAGAUCGUAUUUCAUAUUAUAUUCACAAAUUUUUUAAUUUCAUUUUCGUCCCCAGUCCAAGAUUCUGUAAAAUUUUGUGAAGUUUCUUGUAUACAAUCAAAUAACAAAAAGAUUGGCAUUUGUUUUCCA